UCGCAAUAGUAUGAAGACAAAUAUAAUCAAUACACAAUGCUCCUUUAUGAAUAUCCCCAAUGUGAUUGUACCAGAUAUUGAAAUGGAAAUAAGAAGAAUGGAAAAUGGAUCAUGCAGCUCUCUGUCUGAUGAUGAUGACAAUGCCUCUAUAUUGGAAGAAUCGGAAUGUGAAAACUUCCAGACAAGAGGUUCCUUUAGAAAGAAUUCACACAGAAGGAGAGAACCAUCUCAGAGGGAGCAGUACCUGCCUGGAGCCAUUGCACUUUUCAAUGUUAACAACAGCAGUAAUAAGGACCAGGAAUCAAAAGAAAAGAAGAAAAGGAAAAAGGGAAAGAAAAGUAAAUCAGAUGGUAAAGAUGAAAAUGAAAAGGACCCAAAGAAUGACAAGAAGAGAGAAAAAGAGAAGAAAAAGAAAGUGGACAAAAACAAAAAGAAGAAAGAGGAGGAGAAGAAAGAAGUCAUGGUUAUAGAUCCUUCGGGAAACACGUAUUACAAUUGGCUGUUUUGCAUCACUUUACCUGUUAUGUACAACUGGACUAUGGUCAUUGCAAGGGCAUGUUUUGAUGAACUUCAGAUUGAUUACCUAGAAUAUUGGCUCGUUUUUGAUUACUUGUCAGAUGCAGUUUAUGUUCUUGAUAUGUUUGUACGAACAAGGACAGGUUAUCUGGACCAAGGACUGCUGGUGAAGGAAGAGCUUAAAAUCAUACAGAAAUAUAAAUCCAAUUUGCAAUUUAAGCUUGAUGUUUUAUCUAUGGUACCAACUGAUCUGCUGUUUUUAAAAUUGGGGUGGAGCUAUCCAGAAAUUAGAUUAAACAGACUGUUAAGGAUCUCUCGUAUGUUUGAAUUUUUCCAGAGAACAGAAACGAGGACAAACUACCCAAACAUCUUUAGAAUUUCUAACCUUGUUAUGUAUAUUGUCAUCAUCAUCCACUGGAAUGCCUGUGUGUAUUACGCUAUUUCCAAAGCUAUUGGAUUUGGAAGUGACACAUGGGUCUAUCCUAACAUUAAUGAUCCUGAAUUUGGUCGUUUGGCAAGAAAAUAUGUAUAUAGCCUUUACUGGUCUACCCUGACUUUGACCACCAUUGGUGAAACACCGCCUCCUGUGAGAGAUUCUGAGUAUGUCUUUGUGGUGAUGGAUUUCCUAAUUGGAGUGUUAAUUUUUGCUACCAUUGUUGGUAACAUAGGUUCUAUGAUUUCCAACAUGAAUGCAGCUAGAGCAGAAUUUCAAGCAAGAAUUGAUGCUAUAAAGCAAUAUAUGCAUUUUCGAAAUGUAAGCAAAGAUUUGGAAAAGAAAGUUAUCAAAUGGUUUGACUACUUGUGGACCAACAAAAAAACAGUGGAUGAAAAGGAUGUCUUGAGAUAUCUACCUGAUAAACUAAGAGCAGAGAUUGCCAUCAAUGUUCACUUAGACACACUGAAAAAAGUGCGCAUUUUUGCUGACUGUGAAGCUGGUCUGUUGGUGGAGUUGGUCUUGAAAUUACAACCCCAAGUUUAUAGUCCUGGAGAUUAUAUUUGCAAGAAAGGAGAUAUUGGGCGUGAAAUGUACAUCAUCAAGGAAGGUAAACUUGCUGUAGUGGCAGAUGAUGGAAUCACUCAGUUUGUAGUUCUGAGUGAUGGCAGUUACUUUGGUGAAAUCAGCAUUCUUAACAUUAAAGGAAGCAAAGCUGGAAAUCGAAGAACAGCCAAUAUUAAAAGUAUUGGCUAUUCAGAUCUGUUUUGUCUCUCAAAAGAUGACCUCAUGGAAGCUCUAACUGAAUACCCAGAUGCCAAAACUAUACUGGAAGAGAAAGGGAAGCAAAUCUUAAUUAAAGAUGGUCUGCUGGAUCUAAGUAUUGCAAAUGCUGGGGGUGAUCCUAAAGAUCUUGAAGAGAAGGUCAUUAGAAUAGAGGAGUCAGUAAACCUUCUGCAAACAAGGUUUGCUCGAAUCCUGGCUGAGUAUGAAUCAGUGCAACAAAAAUUGAAGCAGAGACUAACAAAGGUUGAGAAAUUUCUGAAGCCGAUUAUGGACACAGAUUUUUCAACUAUCGAAGGAUCUGGAAUGGAAAGUGGACCCCCCAACUCUACACAAGAUUGAAAAACAGGUUAUUAACAAGGAUACUUUUCAUGAUCCCUUUGGUCUUGAGAUCAUAAUCAAUUGUAAAUUGGAAGACUCACCUGGGGAAAUUUUUCAUAAGAAAUAUGUGCUUUGG